CUUGUAACGGGCGCCACUUGGAUAUUUUUCCGCGACUUUCUGCCUAUCCACUUGAUCUCGGGAUUCCUCCAUCACAUUUCUUAAUCCAGGCAACGCUCUUUUCGCGUCACAUCACGGCAGAUCGUUUCGUUCUUUUGUUUUAAACCGACGCUACUUUCAUACAGCUUGUCCUAAUAUUCUCAGCUCGUCCGGUCGCCACCUUCCGCUACUCCGAUCCCGCGAUCCGUCCACACGACUCCCCCCCCCUGGACCCGAAAUUCGUCAUCGGCAUCUUUGAUCGGACUCGCUCUCACCUCACACGACAGGCUUCUAAUAAUCCUCCCCGCCCGAGCUGUACGAUAUGCAUUUUCCGUCGCUCCCAAGGCCAGAAACGGCCUUGUUUCUAGCACUGUUGCUCGCGCCUCUGCCAACAUCCGGCAUGUUACAAUGUGACCAUAUCCGGGUCGGUGAUGUCGACUUUAACCUGUCGAAGCUCGGCGGGCCGCACUCGGUCGUCACGUCAAAGUGGCACCCACCCACGUACACCAACACGUCGUAUACCAUCGACAUUUGCAAACCGCUCAAGAGGAAAGGCGACGUCAAGAAGGGGGAUGAGUGCCCGAACGGAACAAGAGUCUGCGCCAUCGAACGCCUGAUCCGUCCCGACGAGGACAGCCACGACGACAUCCAAAAAGUCAUCCCCAUCGCCGGCGAACUGAAAGACCACGGCGGCGGCACCCUCGACCCCAAGGUUGAGCGGCUCAAAUCGUCCGACUCGCACUCGGACCACGACAAGGAGGGCCUGCGCCUGGUGCUCCAGGGCGGCCGGUACCCGCUCGAGGGCAAGCACAAGCGCCCGCAAAAGGCCAUCAUCGAGUUCAUCUGCCACCGGGAGAAGACGGGGCUGGAGGGCGAGAUCACGCCCGAGGACCAGUAUUCCGCCGAGGCGCUGCGAACGCGGGCCGAGGACAAGGAUGAGGGCGACGAUGGCGACGAUGGCGAGGAGAGGCAGAAUCUCACGCCUGGUGCGGCGUUGGUUUGGAAGAGCUACGGGCCUUCGGAGAAGGGGGAUGUGGACGUCCUGCGACUCACGUGGUAUACGCAGUACGCGUGCGAGGAUGCUUGGGCGAACCCGCCUGAUUCGGGAGAUGAGGACUCGAGCCGUGGUUGGGGUUUCUUCACGUGGUUUGUGAUUCUGGCCUUCCUCGGCAUCGCGGCCUACCUCAUCUUCGGCUCCUGGCUGAACUACAACAGGUACGGCGCUAGGGGCUGGGACCUGCUGCCGCACGGCGACACCAUUCGCGACAUCCCCUACAUCCUCAAGGACUUGGCGCGCAGCGUCCUCAACGCCGUCCAGGGCAGCGGGACGCGGGGUGGCUACAGCGCCUUGUAGGGUAGGCGUGGCCAGGGAAGCCAAGGUGGAAUGGCGCAAGUCCUUUAAAUUCUUCUUCUCGGCGUAAACCAAGCCAGCCAGCUUUCUGCUUUGCGUUGGAAGUGAAAGUCGGCGGAUCUUACGUUUUGUAACUACUUUUUUCUUUUUCUCUUUCGUUUUCUUUCGGUCAUGCUUCACGCCGGCACUUGUCGGGCCCUUAUAUGGUCCGGAGGGGGGGGGGGGAGGAAUGGAGG